UCCACGUCUUUGUCCCUCUUUCACCAGACACCCCUCAUCCUACCAACUCAUUUACUUGGAUCAAAAGGUGCCAGCUCACUAUGAAGUAUUCAUUCCUCCUCACGGCCAGCUUCGGCCUCCUGAUGGGCCCCAUGGUGGCCUCCGCACCUACCGCGAAGCCUGCCGUGAUGACGCUGAGAGUCAGAACAGAAGACCUGAACGCUCUUCGAGCCAAGAGAGGCGACGACGCCACGGCUCUCUAUGCGUACAUUGCAGCCGACUCCGAACUCGACAAGCGUGACGAGGAAGCCACUGCGCUGUAUGCCUACAUUGCGGCCGAUUCUGAACUUGACAAGAAGAAGCGUGAUGAAGACGCCACCGCAUUGUAUGCUUACAUCGCUGCCGACUCGGAGCUCGACAAACGCGACGAGGAAGCUACAGCACUGUAUGCGUACAUUGUUGAGGACUCCGAGUUGAACAAGAAACGGGAUGAAGAGGCGACAGCGUUGUAUGCGUACAUUGCGGCGGAUAGUGAGUAGGAUGACUGAGUACGCUAUCAUUCGGGCGGGAAUGGAUGUGCGAGGGUAGCAAGUAUUAGCUUUUUUCGAGGCAGUCUGCACACCGUAACAGAACCUAUCAUUUGGGCUAUCGAGGUGUGGAAAGGGUAUUUUAAGUAUUGUCUUUCACGUGCCAUUACCAGUUUACUUGCUCAGCACAUCACGUCGUAUUUAAUCAUAUAAUUAUUAUCAUCUAGUCAUCGCCCAUAACCCGACGUAGGGCAGUCUCCAA